AUGUACGAUGGUGAUGGUGCUUGGUUGGUGGUUGUGGUCACGUUUUGUGCUGUUGUUGUUGUGUUGUGGUGUGUUGGUGGUGGUGGUGGUGGUGCGAGUGUGGAGGGUGGUGGUGGUGUGUGGGGACACUGGAACAUUGCUGUAGCAUCCAGCUGUAGAUUCAUCAUCAGCAUUCUUCCAUUCACACUGGGCACAAUUACUGUUCACUAUUUGUAUCAGCUGUACAAGAGUUCAACAAAGAAAAUUCAACUGAGAAGAGACCACAGUUGGAGUUUCACUAAGAUGAAACUAUCAUUUUGAAGUUGUUCAGGACAGCCAACAUUUUCUACAAGUUGUAUCCACUUUUUCAAUACUUCUGAAACUUAAUGAAAUGUUUCUCAGAAAUAAUGAAUUUGAGAUACCUUCACUCUGGAUAUGUGAAGGGCUCUACCAACAAACAGUUUAAUUUACAGGAAAUGUUUAUUCACAUUAAGUAUUUCAAGUGUAUAUUACAUUGAAAAUCAGUAAUACCAUAUCUUCAAUGGACAGAAUUUAUGCACUUGUAGUACUUUUAUUUGUGAAGUGUUAAAAACAAUGGUCACAAACAUUAAUAUUACACUUACACAAUGUGAUGUUGAUCUUAAAACUUCAUUUUAAUGUGAAAGAUAGGACAUUAUCCAUCAGUAGGUAUUGUUCCUGCUUCUAAAUGAUACAUCAGUAUGUUUUAAUACACAGCCAUGAAAUAUAAUUCCCUCCUGACAAGAUUGAAUAUAGAAAUGCACCCUAAGUUCCUACUCAAGAAUUUCCUCCCCUUUUCAUACUUAUUAAGUUUAAUUUUUGUGAAAUGUAUCAAGAAUUUCUUAUACAAACAUUUUUAAUGCAAUGUUCCUUCACAACAUGAAGCACUAAUCAACAUUGGUCCAUUGCCUUUAUCAUAAGAAUCUAAAUGUGCCAUAAGAAAAAAAGCUUUUGUAUGUAAUAAAAAGCGAUGUAGAUUUAUAGAUGGAAGGAGGAUUGUUCUGGUGUUAGUUAAUGAAUAACUUAUAAAUUUUAUUUUUGCAUGUGAAGUAAUUUUUCAAUUAAACUGGAUGUUUCUUUCAUUCUUCUCUCCAAUAUAUUCUGAUUUUUUCAAAAUGAAUAUCCUAUUUCCAUACAAAAAAUGAAUCAUUGUAGCCCAUCAUAUGGUAGAAUACCUACUGUGACAAGUUUACAUUGACUUGAAAUCACAAGAUUAACAAUUUCCUGUGCAAAACAGAAUUUCCAUUUAGAAAGUGUAUGAAGGAAGUUCAGUUAAUGAUGAACGUUGUGUAUGUGUAUUUUUAAAUGUGGAUUCUGCUGUGUAGACUAAGAGGCAAAAGAACAUUACUGAUUCUGUAUCAUUGUAAUUGUUGUGAAACAAGGGGAGGAUAAUGAAUUAAGAGCUAACUUCCAGGAUUCUUAUGAAAAUGUGAUGCUGCAAAGAAACUUAGAGACUGUAAUGUUGUGUGCUUCAUAACUGUGAAAGGAGCAGAGUUCUGUUCCAUUGGUGAAAUUACUUUCAAAUCAAUAUUCACAGAAAUCAGUCCAACAUGAUUAUACAUUCUUGACAUUUCUGUAAAAGACAUGAUAAAAUGUUGGUUUUUGAUGUAGAUUUUUCUCCUUAUUCACCAAGAAUACAUACUGAGAAGAGAAUAGAUAUUCUUUCAAUAAUCUGUCCAGUUAAUUCAAAGUUAAAUUAUUGUUGAUGGUGAUGAAAACAACUCAACAACAGAUUACUAAACAAAGUCACCAAUGUGACAGAACUUAAUGGUGUUAUAUGUGCAACCAGAAUUUGCACAUUUAGAUGUUGUAUGUUGAUAAAAAUGUGUCUUGAAAGUAUGCAAUAUUAUGUUUAAAUACUUUCAAAUUAAUGCUGUUUUCAUUUCAAGGAACUGAAAAAUCUUUGGUGCAUAUCAAAGUAAGUAAAAAUUUCAAAAGUUAGGAUUGAAAUACAUGAAUAAGAGGGAUAAAAGUACUGGAGAGAAAGUCGAAAGGCAUGAAAAUGUAUAACAUAGGCUACAUUGAAUCGUCAUGUAUUUAUUAAUGAAAUCAAAUAUAUUUCAGAGAACAUCUUGAGAUGUAAAAUUAUAUUGUAGCAAAAACAAAAAUAAAAAGCAAUUAACAAUA